UUUUGAACGUAAGGCUACGUAAACAAUUAUCUGAUCAAUAUAUAAAUAAUAUAAAUAAUUACAUUAAACGUAUUAUUUUUGUGACGAUUGGACAAUUAAACAGUUGAUAAUACUUUAGAAUUUUUACAGUUUGAGAAAAAUUGUUGCAAAGAAUAUGAUAUUACGGACUAGUGCGCUUAUUGUUGCCAAUUUUAUGUUUCUUUUGGACAUAAUACAAAUGAAACCACAGGACCAACAAGCUGAGGCUCAGAAAGGACCUUGUGUUGGCAUGGACUGUUUACAUGGUGUACUGAUGCACAAUGACGACUCUCAGGGAGAAAAACACACAGCUGAAGACCAAUAUCUCAGAUAUAAAGCAGUUCUUGAUACUGAAAAUCCCCGUAAAGGUCCUCUUGACGCAAAAGCGCAAAUGCAUGGCAUCUUAAUGCACGGUGAUUCCACAGUAAAGGAACAUCAUACGGGGAAUAAAGAGGUUCUUCCUGAAAAAGUUUCAGAAGCUGGACCAAAAGAUUUGUCUGAGGUAAUACACGAAGGAAUGCACGGAGAAGAGGGUACACAUACAAAUCAUGACUGGAAUAAGGAACAAAAUUUAGGCGAGAACGAAAACAAAGGACCGUUUGAUUCAAGGUUUAUGCACGGUGUUUUAAUGCAUGGUGAUAUUAACUAUGAACACAGGGAAGGUCUGGGAGAAGAUACUGACAUAACAAAUGAUAAGGAUAGGAAAGUUGGACCUCAAGAUGCUGCAAAACAAUUCCAUGGAGUUAUGAUGCAUGGAGACACUGAAACUGGCGAAGACCACACACAUGAAGAGCCAGCUGAAUCAAAACAAGAUAGCAAUAAAAUCGGACCAAAUAACGAUCUGCACGGGAUACUCAUGCACGGUGACUCUAAUCUAGGUCAUGAUCAUUCUAAUGAAGACUCUAAAGCUGUGCACGAUGUUUUCAGUGACAUUUCUAAAAUUAAGGACCUUGGAUUAGAUGACAACUUACUGAAAAUGAUAAAUCUGGAGCAAAUUCUUGAGAAGGACAGACAAGAAUAUGCAGACUGGAUUAUAAAUAAUCCACAGUACCAAGAUGAAUCUCUGAUGGGAUCAACAUUAGCGAGUGUAUCUGAUACUAUCCUUGAUGACAUAGAGCUUAUGAAAAAGAGAUAUCUUGCAAAAAAUAACCAGCCAGAUGAAAAGGAAGUAGGUUCCAAAACAUCAUCAAAAGAAGAACAUCCAUUUACUGCAGAAGACGCAAGAGCGAUAUACGAUGAUAGUGUACAUGCAGAGGAAGGCGAAGAUACAAGACACGACCUUGAACUGUUAGGGAGCACUGAACCAAUCAAUGCAAGACAUAAAGCUAAAUUGGAAAUGCUAAAAUCCAAGCUGAACAAAUAAAUUGUUAAUGCUUAGAUUAUUAUUUGUUUUACCUUUAACGACAUAUAAACUCUAUGAAACAUUUCGAUGUAUUGUAGUAACAGGUAUUCCUAAAGAAUGCAAUUUACACUGACAUAUCAAAUAAUACGUCUUAUACUACUUUUCUAAGAUGAGGAAUAAAUAUAUACGAAGACCUUUCAGACCUUUUCAAAUCUACCAGAUUUAAUGAUCGCAAAAAUACCGUCAUUCGGCCAUACUGAUCCACUUUUUCCCCGCCGCCAUAGCGUUGGAACCACCGCUCUAUGAAAUCUAUACAAAUCUAUAUAAUAAAUAAAUCUAUAGCCUGUAUGAUAUUGGAUAAUUAGACACAACUAUUGCUCACUUACUUGAAAAACUAGAUGCUAAAUAAAAUGGAUAAAAUCCCUCUUUAUAUCUCUCUAAAACGUUCCCGAUUUAUAAAGAUUUUAAACAUGUUUCACAAUCAAACAACCUUUACAAAGGAAAAUAGUGUUAUUUCGAAGCUGCUGUACUACAUUUUACACAGUUUGGAAAAAAACCCAGAAAAAUAGCUCAUUUAUCACCGCACAAGUGGAAGUGUGUUACGAUAACCGUCUCUCUCUCUCUCUCUCUCUCUCUCUCUCUCUCUCUCUCUCUCUCUCUCUCUUUGUAUUUUGCUGAGAAUAGUGAAUUACAUGCGAGGCAGCACAAAUAUUAUCUUUAAAAUUACGGUUCUGAAUAAACGCAUACUAAAAUCAUUACAGUACUGAGAUAAUAUCGAGACAAAAAACGGUGAUAAAUUGAUCGUAACAAGAAUUUUUCUUUCUUGAGAUAUAAAAUCAAUACCAGUCAUACUAUAAAUCAGUCUAAAGAACGCUGAUUGUAGUAAUAUCUUAUCUUAGUGAACACUCCUAGAAUCGGCUUUUAAAAGUGGACAGUAUUACAAUAAUAUAAAAGGAUUCCAUGAUCCUUAAGAAGAAGAAGAUGUUUAGCUGUUGUGAAUGCUGCUGGUGGCCACACCCGCUAUUGACUGAUCCUGCGAACUUUAAAAAUGCACCAUUCAAUCAAUUAAUGCAUUUUAUUGUUAUCUACUGUGUGUUUCUGUUAAGUUCUUGUUUUUCAUUCUGUUACAGGAUAGUUAUGUGUUACUCAUGUCAAAUUUCAUUGUACUUGGUUUAAUAUUAAAUAAAAUAUCGAAACUUA